ACGCAUUACGACUUACAAUUUACGGCCUUCGAAGCCCAGUCUUUUAGGGUUUACAAGAUUGCAUUUCAUAUAAGAGCAUCUUUUGCUUCUUUACGUCUCCUUCACUAGGGUUUCAGGGUCUUCAUUCCUUUGCCGACGUCUCUCAAUCUCCAAGAUGCCUAAGCAAAUUCACGAGAUUAAGGACUUCCUUCUGACUGCAAGAAGGAAGGAUGCACGAUCUGUGAAAAUCAAGAGAAGCAAGGAUGUUGUCAAGUUCAAGGUUAGGUGCUCAAAGUAUCUAUACACUUUGUGUGUAUUUGAUGCCGAGAAGGCCAAUAAGUUGAAACAAUCACUUCCCCCAGGUUUGAGCGUACAGGAUCUUUGAAUUAAAUCUUUUCUUGGUUAGUUGAUUUGAUUUCAGGAUCUGAGUUUUGCUUUAUGGAAAGGAUUUUUGGUUGAAAUUAUAUUUCUGGAUGUUAUUCAAUUGUUAGUUAUGGCUUCUUGUAUGAACUUAUCACCGUUUUGGUCCUCUGGUUAUGAGACUUUUUAUUCUGGAA